CUCGCGAGAGUUUGGAGGGGCGGGUUCGGGGUCAGGCUCGGGAGGGGGUUUGCGCCACGGCGCUCCGAGGUUUAGCUGUAGGUGUUCGGACCCGGGUUAGGAGGCUGCCGGGCAUCAGGAGUGUGGGAAGUGCCGAAGUGCACUGCUUUGGAGAAGCCCAACAGCCCAGCUCCCCGCAGCCAGGUUUUAGACUUGAGAGCCAGCCGAAGGGAGAGUCCGGUCGUCUUCGCGUGCCUGGGCCCGGGCGAAGGCCCUGCGAGCGAGCAGAGGUGGAGCGACCCCAUUACGCUAAAGAUGAAAAGCUGGGGCUGGCUGGCCCUGCUUCUGGGGGCCCUCCUGGGCACUGUCUGGGCUCGAAGGAGCCAGGAUCUACACUGUGGAGCCUGCAGGGCUCUGGUGGACGAACUAGAGUGGGAGAUUGCCCAGGUGGAUCCCAAGAAGACCAUUCAGAUGGGCUCUUUCCGGAUCAAUCCAGAUGGCAGCCAGUCAGUGGUAGAGGUACCUUAUGCCCGCUCAGAGGCCCACCUCACAGAGCUGCUAGAGGAGGUAUGUGACCGAAUGAAGGAGUAUGGGGAACAGAUUGACCCUUCCACUCACCGUAAGAACUAUGUACGUGUUGUGAGCCGGAGUGGAGAAUCCAGUGAACGGGACCUACAGGGCAUCCGAAUUGAUUCAGAUAUCAGCGGCACCCUCAAAUUUGUGCCUUGUGGAACCUGGCACAUUGCUCACCCCCAGAGGCCUCUGAAAUUAAUUCAAGUUGGCUUCCAUUAUCCUUCCAACUUGGAUUGUUCUUCUCUAUUAUCUUCCUGUCAACUUUUAGAAUUUGUGGACUGAAGACACAGAUCUAUGUGACCAUGCCCUACACAUAUCUCAUGAUGAGCUGUGAACCACUGGACCAGCCCAGAUUGUCUUGAUGGAUCACCCCCAUGAGGGGAAGAUGGUGGCAUUGUCUUUUAUAUUAUGUUUUUAUGGAAAUGAACUGAAAAAAUAUGAAACCAAAAGAA